AUGCCUACCCUAACUGAUGAGGAACAGGAAUUCAUGGACAGCCCUAUCACCCCAGAGGAAAUAGAUGCGGUCCUCAAAAACCUGAAACCACACAAAGCCCCAGGCCCAGACGGCUUCACAGCAGAAUUCUAUAAGAAAUUCAAAGAAACCUUGAUGCCCUACAUGACCCACCUAUUCAACGACAUCAUAAAAGGGGGCCCCAUCCCCAAAACCUGGACCCACUCCAAAAUAGUCUCCAUUCCAAAACCACUAAAAGACAGCCUCAAAGUAGAAUCAUACCACCCAAUCUCAUUAAUAAACCCUUAA